GUGUGUGUGUGUGUGUGUGUCUGUGUGUGAACUUUUGUGUCGUGCGAGUGGCGCUGAUGCUAUCGCCCAUGAAGAUGGCCAGUUUCGGGGGUGCCAUAUCGUACACCUGGCGUGUCUUUACCCUAUCUCCGGCGCGCGGAAAAUCAACAUUAACAAACCGGCAAGAACCGGACACUCUGCCGUGGCGAAGGUGUUACUGUUGGGCUUACGGAAGGUGUGAAUUUUGCCAGCUCUUGCCAGGGGCUUUUAAAAACCGGGCUCAGUGGAUUGCGAAAAAGGGGGCAUCGGAGUGCUUCCAGGAAUAGGAGCUCCGGUCCUAGCGUGAGACUUUGCACCGGACCAGGAUUGGUCGGGCCGUUUUUAUCUAGCUGGAAGAUCAGUUUUGGUACGAUUUGGAACGAAGUAACAGCAAUGUUACUGUUGCCCGUGUGCGCUCGCAUUAGCAAUGGUCUGUGUAACAUCCUGUGAAGUAACAUGGCGCACUACUCCUACUAAGUUAUUAAUAUCAUCAUCCCGAUUGAGAUCCGACCAUGAAAUGAGAUCUCCAAUUUCCAGUCAAAGUCUCUCCUAGUAUUUCACGUAUUUCCUAUUGCUUUCCGAAGGCCGUGAAACGGUCCUGAAAUAACUUCUCCAUCAACCUGACACUGGGAACGACAGCACUCCUUGGCAGCGAACAAAUCUAGCUGUAUACAGGGUUUCUCUCCUUAUGUUUGAAAUACAUUUGAUAGUUUUGCCAACAUUUGUCAGGCUCACUGGAAGCUUACCGGAAGCUUAGGCUGUACUUCGAUGUUUAACGGACAGAUAUUGAGCCAACUGUUUUUUUUUUCUUCAUAAAUUUGUUCUUUAACUGAAACAAACGGUCCACUUUCUAUGAGCUUCGAAAUGCAUGAAAUCAUUAUGAACUGAAACAAAUAAACAUAUUUUCAGUAGUUUGUUGUUUAUUAUCAUCACACUCACAAUUUGAAUACCCAAAUUGUGUUGCUUCACACUACCAUGUUGCAAGUAGAGUAGGAAACCCUGCCUCAUUCUUGAUACUGCUGCUUCCUUGAUAUGCCAAAGUUUGUGUUUCAUCAAGAGUUAAAGCAUCGUCUAACUUGCAUUGUUUUUAAACUCACAACUACAGCUGUAGAAAGAAUUCCAUUGUAAAGGGAGAAAAACAAGCCCCAAAGUAGAUUCGAUUCGUUGCUCGUACUGUAUCAGAGCAGCAACAUACCCGCGGCUCCAUCAGACCAGCUGGCGCGAAGCGCGCUAAUACGCAACUACAAUCAAAUCCUGCUGCGUUACAAAAAUGUUACGAAAUAGCAACGGUCGCCUAAAGUACCUUCGAAAACAAAAGGUUCCGCUUCCGUGCCAAAACUAACAGCGUUUCUCGAUCAACAAUGCAUACACACACACACACACACACACACAGAGAAAAGCUGCAACCAAUCAAACAGUCGCAACCCAUAUUUGCGAAAGGAUGUUACGAACAACAUCCCGGGAAGCGCAGGGUAAACUACAACGUUACCGUGUUUCCCCGUCCCAUCCCCACAUCCCCUUACCCUUCCGCCAUGCUGUAUGGUAUCUGUUGCGAAACUUACAAAGCCCCCCCCCCCCCCCCUGUCCGGAAUUCUCGCACCCGUCACAAAUCGCCCGUAACCCGCUCCCUUUGUUUAAAGGGGCGCCCGGAACAAAACGGCGCUUGCGGAAACGGAAAAGCCUACCACACCAACCCCCACCACCACCGCGUUCCAGCUCACAGCCAACACCUUACCAGUGCGCCCCCUCAGGUGGGUUAGGAUAAGAAGCAUUGGCUCCGCCCUCCGCCCCGCCAGGCACGAUAAUUUCCCUGACAGUAUGGAUUAUACAAACUGCCGCCCUCCCGGAAAAGCCCGGCAAAGGGAAGCGCGAAAGCCGAACCGCGACCGUGGCAAUCGAUUCGGGAGUAUUGUUGAUUUGCCACCCCGAGUGUGUGUGUGUGUGUUUUGUUUAGGUCAUCCCCCUCCCUGCCUGCCUGUGCCAAUUCCAGGCGUAGCACGUUCCCUCAGGGCGGCGGGCCCUAGUAAAGCACAAAGUGCUGCUACGAUACAAUCAUCAACCGUGCAUAGAAAUGUCUGCUCCUGGCAAUAUCCACAGCUCAUAACUGGGGUACCAACUCAUUCCCCUUCCUACCUAUUCCAACAUAACCCAUAAAUCAGCCCAUCGGAGGUUUCGCUCGUUCGGAUGGAGCUGGAGCAGGGGCCUAAGCCUCAAUUCCCGCGCACAGCGCAACUCAAUCCAUCGGAAUGGUGGAUCGAUUACCACGAAACUCCCUUUCGCUCUCUCUCUCUCUCUCUCUCUCUCUCUCUCUCUCUCUCUCUCUCUCUCUCUCUCUCUCUCUCUCUCUCUUUUGCACACACACACUACCUCAUUCACUCACUCCACCUUUUUUUGUGCCAGCCCAAAGGCAAGGUGGACCAACAUUUUGCACAUACACACAGGACACACAAAAAAAAGCCCGCACUCCAGGGAGUCACAAACAAGGCGAGGCAUAACGAGCCGCACCACGAGCAGUGUGCAAUAAAUAGGCGGAAGAGUGUUUUGACUUUUCACGGGGGCUGGUGGCAGACAGGGUGGAGGUGGAGGGGGGGGGGGCGAAUGGUACCGCAUUCUGCCGAUAGAAAUGGGUCCGCCCGGACCCGGAAGCAGCUCAUUCGGCGAUUGCCCGUUGGCGAAUGCAGGAGGCCAACGAGUGUCUAUAUAUGUGUGUGUAUGUGUGUGAGUGUGGUAAUGUGGAUAUUGUGCAGGGGUCCAGCUUCACAGUGAGAGUGCGUGCCGGGUCGGAGCAGUGUAAAGUAGCGCUGGUGUCCAGAUCGCGUGCUCCCAAAGGCUCCCAAAAGCAACCGAUUCCAAGACGUUUGUGUGUUCUGCGGAACCCUCCAAGCAGCUGUAUCAAUAUGAGGCUGCUGUAGUUGCGUGCCAGCUGUGUGUCUGAGUCCGGUGCGUCCAGUCGACGAGUGAUCGGCGUACGAUUCGAUGUGUUCAUCUGCCAUCAACCAUGGCCUACGAAGUGCAACCCUGGAGCUCGACGACGCACGCAACGCAUAACAUGGAGCAGAUCUCUGGGCCGCCGGCCAAAACCGGCACGUUCUACCAGACGCCCCGGUCGCACCCGUGGCGCCCGACGAUGGGGUACGAGGCGGUGGAGGUGACGCCGCUGCACGAGCAGCCCAUCACCAACCAGCUGGUGGCGUCCUCCUACUCCCCGUCCGGCAUGUGCUCGGAUCCGGUCACCUUCCCGAACCUGGUGACCGGGUUCGAGCGGAACCCGCAGCACGCGGCCCGGGCCGCCCUCUACACGCGCUACACCCCGAACGAGUGGACGACCUCGAACGUCUGCACGUACGCGGAUGCGGACAAGAACCGCAACUACUCGGAGAAGGUGCGCUCCGAGGCGGUGCGGUUGAUGCGCGAAACGGACGAGAAGACGUCGCAGGGGCAGCGGGAUGCGGCCCGCCGGCUCGGCGAGCGCAUCACCGACAUCACGUUCUGGCGCAACGAGCUGACGACCGAGCUGGAGAAGCUGAUCGCCGAGUCGGCCCAGCUGACCGACACGAAGCGCAAUGUGCAGAAGGCGCUGCAGGACCUGGAGCCGCCGCUCCACAUCGCCCAGGAGUGCCUGUACCACCGGGAGUCGCGCAAGGGCAUCGAGCUGGUGCACGACCACGUGGAGAAGAGCCUGCUGGUGGAGGUGGACAACCUGCGGGCGAGCCAGGAGAAGCUGUCGCAGCUGCUGGCGAAGAUAACCAAGCAGCUGGCGGACUGCCGGGCCGCCCAGCACUCGCUCGAGGAUGACAUCAGCCACAAGGAGUCGGCCCUCGGGAUCGAUUCCAUCUGUCACCAGCUCAACAACUAUAGCCGGGGCAUUAACUACUACGGCGGGAUCGAGAAGUACGAUCCGACGGUUAGCACGCCCGGCACGUGGUCCGGUUCGAGCAGUACGCGCAUUAACAACUCGCACUCGGAACGAUCGAAAUCCUGCCAGCUGCGCAGUGACGCCGAGUCACUCAUCAACGCUGUCGCCACCUCCGUCUGGGACUGCUGGAGCAACACGAACAACGCGUUCAACAACCGCGCCUCCGAGAUGCUGGAAGCAAAGAGCAAGAUGCAGCUACAUCUGCACAAGACCCAGCAGGAGAUCUUCGACGUGGAGAAGCACAUCGAGCUGCUGCGGAAGGCGAUCAACGACAAAUCAAACCCGAUGAAGGUGGCCCAAACCCGGCUGGAGGCCCGCGCCCACCGCCCCGGUAUCGAGAUGUGCCGCGACAACGCUCACCUGCGCCUGGUGGAGGAGGUGUGCACGAUUCAGGACUCGGUGGCGACGCUGCACCGCAAGCUGCAGGAGGCCGAGGCGCAGCACCAGCAGCUGCUGCGCACCAAGUCGCAGCUCGAGAGCAACCUGAAGCAGAAGGUGGACGCACUGUUUAUCGAUCGCGAAAAGUGCAUGGGGCUGCGGCGCUCCUUUCCCGUGAACAACACGAUCAAAUAUUGAAACAGCAAUAUGGUACCCUGACCUAAGCGCCAUUGAGCGGGGAAUUUCCAGCAAAAAUAUAUUUGUCAUGCGGGGCGCGGUAGAGCUUCGGUCGAUCGGUCGUUUACGAGUGUCCCAUCCCCGUCGUGGCUAACUCGUCAUUUGUCUCACUGCUUCUACUUAUACAUAUAUAAAUACAACGUAGUCGAACCAAACAACCCAAACACAGCAAGUAACAGCAAACGUAUCUUAUCACACGAGUAGCGCUCUGGAUAGCGAUAGAUGUACUGCCGCAGGUGUUGCGCUAUAUAACGCGCUCGAAGCAAGCAAUAAAGGUCCCACACGUCGUUGAA